CCUAUGUCGACGACCAAAAAUGCAAAUGGCCGCUGCGUAUUGACGUGCUGCGGUUCGAUACCGAGACCUAAGAAAAAUAAGUACAACUUUAAUAUAGUAUACAGAAUGAAUAUGUCAGUAGAAAAAAAGAAAUAUCCAUCGGCAUUGCCAGCAAAUUGGCCGGUGAGAGACGAACAACCAAGGAAAACCGCUAACAACCAAUUAUCUUCAACAGGCAAAGUUGACGUAUACUACUACAGUCGUGGUGUGCGAAACGACGCAUCCCUGGUACCUCCGAUUAGACAAACUGCAUCAAUAUUCAAACAACCAGUAACUAUUUACAAAACUCAGGAAGGAAAAGUGAAAGAUAUAAAACAUGGUAAUCAAGAAAAACCAAAACAGGAAGGGGCCGAAAAGUCCGAAGGCAAACAUGGCUCUCAAGAUAAACCUAAGCAGCUUUUCUGGGAAAAACGGCUGGAGGGUUUAAGAGCCUGUGACCCGAACGGGUUCGAAUUCGACGGUAUGGACUUACCGAAGACUCUGAAGCCAGUUGGCCCCUAUGUUACCGAGGAGACUUUACUUCAAAGCGUAGCCACAGCCCUCCACGUUUCAUCCCAACCAGUCACGGGGCAGACUGGUUCAAAAACGGCUUUAGAAAAGAACCCCGGAGUCUUUCUCAACCCGGAGCAACCUUUGGUUCAGUCUGUAUCCAUCGCUGAUGACGACAUUAAACGACAAGAGGACCGCGUUGCUAUAGCAAGAAAAAAGUUACAAGAUGCGCUGAGGAGCAUCGCUACUUAAACGACGCGGUACUAGGCAUUGAAAAACUCAUUAUUUAUAAGACGAUUCUAAAUGAAAUUUUACUGGUUUUUUAAUAAAAAAAAAAAAAAAAAA